AUGGAUGAUCAAAACGACGACGCUUUGAUCGACGCCGGCCUUCUCAAUUCCUACUCCCAAAGGUUCGCCUUCCGCUCCGAUUCCGACGAGGACUCGCCGAGCGGCGGACGGAAGUUCAGCUCCGAUGACGCAGCGUCGGGUUGCCAGAAAGCCCCCAGGAUCUUCGACCGGUUCUACAAUUCUUCCUCGUCGGACGAAGAGGAGGAAGACGCCGCCGGCUCCUCCAAUUACCAGCGACGGCUCGAUUACAUGAUCCAGUUCCUGGACCGGAAGCUGUCGACCUCCUCGUCCCCCGACCAGCCGCUGCCGGAAUUCUCCGGCUCGGGCGGCGGGACGGGCAUUUUCAGGCCCCCAGUCCGAGCUCCGGUUCACCCGAACCGGCCGAUGAGCCUCGAGAUAAGGCCGCACCCUCUUAGGGAAACUCAGGUGGGGAAAUUUCUCAGGAGGCUCAUCUGCGUGAGAGAUGGUGUCGGGCCGCAGCUGUGGGCCGGAUCGGAGUGUGGGGUUAGGGUUUGGGACUUGAGGAAUGAGGCUAUCUACGGUGGUGAGGAAGAGGAAGGGGAAGAGGAGGGGACGGCCAAGUACUGGGAGUCGGCUGAGGUGGCUGCUGCCACGCUUUGUGUGGUGGGUGAUGCCGGGAAUAGAGUGGUGUGGAGUGGGCAUAGAGAUGGGAAGAUCAUGUGUUGGGAGAUGUUGGAUUUUUCGAGUGAGAAAGUGAACGGAAGGGCAAAUGAUGUAAGGAAUGGAUUUUCAGAGGUUUUCUCGUGGCAAGCUCAUCGAGGGCCAGUUCUGUCUAUGGUUGUUAGCUCUUAUGGGGACAUAUGGUCCGCGUCUGAGGGUGGUGCCCUGAAGAUAUGGCCUUGGGAAGCUAUUGAAAAAGCGCUCUCUCUAACUGUUGGAGAAAGGCACAUGGCUUCUUUAUUGGUGGAGAGGUCAUAUAUUGACCUGAAGAGCCAAGUAGGCCAGAAUGGUGCCUGUGGUAAUAUCUUUACUUCAGAUAUCAGAUAUAUGCUAUCAGAUCAUUCUGGGGCGAAAGUGUGGACUGCCAGUUAUCAAUCAUUUGCGUUGUGGGAAGCUCGAACAAAAGAGUUACUGAAAGUGUUCAACAUCGACGGCCAAAUCGAGAACCCAUCGCUUGAUUCUUUUAUGGAGGACGAGAUUAGGACAAAGGUUGUGCUCGGCUCAAAGGAUAAAACACAAAACUCCUUCAGUUUUUUCCAACGCUCACGUAAUGCCAUUUUGGGAGCAGCUGAUGCCGUCCGUCGAGCUGCGGGCAAAGGAGCAUUCGGAGACGAUAACCGGCGGACUGAAGCAUUAGUGGCUACACCCGACGGUAUGGUUUGGAUCGGCUGUGCUAACGGGUCACUAGUGCAGUGGGAUGGCAACGGAAACCGCUUGCGUGAUUUCCACUACCAUUCAACCAUGGUUCAGAGUCUCUGUACAGUAGGGUCACGGAUAUGGGUCGGAUACAUGAGUGGCACAGUGCAAGUUUUGGACCUCAAUGGCGAUCUGCUUGGGCAGUGGGUGGCUCAUAAUAGCCCCGUGAUUGACUUGGCUGUUGGGGCCGGCUAUGUUUUCACGUUGGCUAAUCAUGGUGGCGUUCGUGGGUGGAGCAUCGCAUCCCCGGGACCACUCGACAGCAUAUUCCGUGCGGAGUUGGCUGGGAAGGAGUUUUUGUACACGAGGCUCGAGAACCUGAAGAUUUUGGCUGGGACAUGGAAUGUCGGGCAGGGAAGGGCGGGACCUGAUUCACUUGUUUCCUGGAUUGGCUCGUCGGCGGCGGAUGUUGACGUGAUUGUUGUUGGGUUGCAGGAGGUGGAAAUGGGUGCUGGUUUUCUUGCUGUAUCGGCUGCUAAAGAAACUAUGGGUCUUGAGGGUAGUUCUGCAGGGCAAUGGUGGCUAGAUAUGAUUGGAAAAACACUGGACGAGGGAUCUACCUUUUUACGUGUUGGCUCCAGGCAGUUGGCAGGGUUGCUGAUUUCUGUGUGGGUUCGAAACAACAUGCGGGGCCAUGUUGGGGAUGUCGAUGUUGCAGCAGUUCCUUGUGGUCUGGGACGAGCGAUUGGAAAUAAGGGAGCUGUUGGGCUAAGGAUGAGAGUAUAUGGUCGGGUGAUGUGCUUCGUGAAUUGUCAUUUUGCUGCACACUUAGAGGCAGUCAAUCGUAGAAAUGCCGAUUUUGAUCAUGUAUACCGUACUAUGUUAUUCAGUAGGCCAUCCAAUAUUAUAAAUGCUGCCGCUGCAGGGGUUUCAUCUGCAGUUCAAGUGCUUCGCACUACAAGUGCUAUGGGUAAUACCCCUGUGGAAGGAAUGCCAGAGCUUUCUGAGGCUGACAUGAUUGUGUUUCUUGGGGACUUCAACUAUAGGCUAGAUGGCAUAUCUUAUGAUGAGGCUCGUGAUUUCAUCUCACAGAGAUGCUUUGACUGGCUCAGGGAGAAGGAUCAGCUGCAGGCAGAAAUGAAAGCCGGCAAUGUUUUCCAAGGAAUGCGAGAAGCUAUUAUAAGGUUUCCACCGACUUACAAAUUCGAAAAACACCAGCCCGGUUUGGCAGGGUAUGAUUCCGGGGAGAAAAAACGAAUUCCCGCCUGGUGCGACAGGAUUUUGUAUCGAGAUACCCGUUCGGCUUCGGUUUCAACUUGCAGCUUAGACUGUCCUGUGGUCGCAUCAACAUUGCAGUAUGAAGCUUGCAUGGAUGUUACGGAUAGCGACCACAAGCCCGUGCGCAGCAUUUUCUGUGUUGAGGUAGCUCGGGUAGAUGAGUCAGUAAGAAGACAAGAAUUUGGUGAAAUCAUUAGAUCAAAUGAGAAAAUCAAGCGUCUACUAGAAGAAAUAUCAAAAGUUCCGGAAGCAAUUGUCAGUACGAACAACGUAAUCCUUCAGAAUCAAGAUACAUCGAUAUUGCGGAUAACAAAUAAAUGCAAGAAAGACCGAGCUUUUUAUGAAAUAAGUUGCGAAGGUGUGUCUAGCAUUAAGGAGGAUGGACAAGCAUCUGAUCAUCGCCCAAGAGGUUCUUUCGGGUUCCCCAGGUGGCUUGAGGUCAAGCCUGCAUCUGGAAUCAUCGAGGCCGAUCAAAUUACCGAAAUAUCGAUACGCCACGAAGAAUACGAAACAUUUGAAGAAUUCGUCGAUGGAGUCCCACGAAACUUUUGGUGCGAAGAUGCUAGGGACAAAGAAGUAAUUUUGGCAGUUAAAGUGCGUGGGACUUGCACGACUGAGCCCAAAUGUCACCGUGUACGCGUGCGCUAUAGCAUCACAGGCAAGCUCACGCCUAUGAAUAAUUCCAAAGCUAACAACUCUAGUGGGGCCCACGCGAAUCUCCUUCACCGGGCCGACUACCAUAGGAUGAGCGGAUCGUGUGAUGUGGUUGACCACUUGCGAAAUCUGCAUACUCCUUAA